GAACUCGUGGUGCUCACUGCAACGAAAAGACACGUGAACAGAAUGUCCUGUUUGAGAAGUUCACUGUAUCAUGCCAUCAGAAGAGUCGUGGUUAAACCAGACAUAGACAUUACUUACCAGUUGCUUCAUAUGAACUCACUGUCAAUAUUUGGUCUGAGAACAUGUUCUACAAAAACUUUUGACUUAAAUCAAAUUGCAAGAUCAAAUAGAGAAAAUAGUUCUUUAGAUGGUGUAAAGAGGUCAAUUACUCAGAAAGCGAGGAAAUCUAAGACAAAUGCCAGUAAGGAUGAGGUGUCUGUAGAACCAGAGGAAAGAGUCGAUGUUCCCCACUGGCUUGGUACAGUCAUGGAUUGUCCGCUGUACUCCAACUCAAAGAUUGAUGUUUCAAAACAAGCACAGUUUAAAGACUUUGUUGAGGAGUUAGACAUGUCAUACUUGCCGUCUGUAAGCACCAUUAUAAACAGGACAGAGUCUGAAUCUCAAAAGAAAGUGCUGAAAAGAUGGAAGGCUGCUAAAACCAAAGAACUUGGGGGAGAAAAACAGUUCAAGGAAUAUCAGCAAGGAAUAAUAGACAAUGGGCUAAAUCUGCACAAAUGUAUUGAACUGACCUUGAAGGGUGAAGAAGGUUUAAAUAUCAAGGAGAGUAAUAAAGGCCACUGGGAGAGUGUGCAGACAGCUCUAGGAGAUGUACAGAAAGUGAAAAGCCUUGAAUAUGACUGCGUUCAUCCAGAAAUGUUUUACAGGGGAAAGUUUGACUGUAUUGCUGAAUUUAGGGACACUCUUUGCUUGAUUGAAUGGAAAACUUCUAGCUCACAUAAACCUCUCCUUAGUGCUACCUAUGAUAACCCUUUACAAGUUGCAGCUUACAUUGGUGCUGUAAACAGAAGUGGAAUUCUCAAACAACUAGAUAUACCAGACCUGACUAAUGGUGCCUUGGUGUUUGCUUACCCUACUGGUGAGCCAGCCACAGUGCACAUGAUGUCCCAGAAAGUAUGUGAACGCUACUGGAGGAAGUGGCUUGAUAGACUGUAUAUCUACUGGGUCUUACAGUUCCAACAUUCACAGAGAAAUGAAGUGAACAUGGUCUGACAGUCUGUCUUAGCAGAGAGCUCAAAUUUACACAGAUUGUUGAUCAGUACAGUGUAUAUUAACCUAUCAUCUACCCUGUACAGUAGACAGUACAGAGCUCAGUAUUGAAUGGAUUUCAUCUUAUUGCCACAAUGUAUCAAGAAUACAAAUGAUACAGACUUCAUCUUGACAAUACGUUUUCAACAGACUAUCCAAGAAUUACAUACAAAAGCUCAAAGAACAGUAGAUCAAAAGUUAUAUUUAAUUACAGCAAGACAUACAGCAACCUUUGAAGAAUCAAAGAAGAUAACAGACAGAGAAUCAGGGGAGGUAACUUUUCUCAGCUGCAACUUAAGUUAUGUAGUUUCUGUCAUAGUUAAAAAAAAAUCAUUCCAGUACACUUAUGUCUGUGUGGAAUAAACAACUUGAAUAGGUCAAGGAUACUAUACUAUACUUGUGCAAGAUAUGCUACUGUAAAAGCAGAAAUUUUCGUAAGGGUUUGAAUUUUCUCUAUAUUCGCAAGGCCCUUCAUCUUGCGAAAAUAAAUCCUUGUGUUAGUAUUCACCAUAAGUAAAAUCCAAAUUCAAGUAUGAUACCAUUUUUACAACUUGGCAGAUAUUAAACCUUAUGAACAUACUCAAAAUUUUGACCCAGCGAAAAUAUGUGCUUUUACAGUAUUACAUUAGCUGUUGUGAGAAAAUCUCUGAGUUAUUUUUUCAUAGGCGUUUUAGUGGGCAUUAUAUUGUUUACAAGUAGACAUACAAAAUGUACUUAGAAUAUAGUCAAACCUGUCGGUGAAGACCACCAUUUGAAAAGGAAAAAAAGGUCUUUGUUAAUAGAUGAUCUCUUAACACAAGCAGCCGACUAUAGAGUGGUUCAGACAAGCUUUAAGCUUUCAUCAAUAUCGAGCUUAAAUAAAUUAGUAACUAACACAAAUAAAUUGACACUGUUACUGGUUAAAUGUGAAGUGGAGAUAGUGACCGUUUUUAGAGGUGGUCUUAAACUCAGGUUUGACUGUAAUAUUUGAACAAAGUUUUUAUAGCAUUUACUAUAUGUGUUAAUUUUUUCUGAUGUGUUCAUAAAAUUUUCAGACUGAUGUGCAUUAUUAUAGUCAGCUGUAGGAGACUCAAAAAGUGGUUUAAAUGGAGACUAUUGUCUGCAUUUAUUUAUAAAGUCUAUUAUUUAUUCUGCAAAUAUUUAAAUUGGAAAUGAAACUGCCAGGUAGCCUGUGUUCAUAGUUGGUCAUUAGCACAGUUUGACUGUAUUAUAAUAAAGAAAUACAACAACUUCUAUUUUACAUAGAGCAGGCAGCGUAAGUAAUUUUUUGUUAACCAUACAUAGAAAUGAUCGGACAGACUUAAGGACCUUGCUUUUGAUUAAUGUUUAAAAAAAGUGUUUCGAAUAAAAAAACUUGAAAGAAAUAUUAACUUCACAUUUAAUGAAGCAUUUCCAUACUUUUGUACAUUUUUAUAUAACACAACUUCAGUGUAUUUUUUAGUGUUUAUGAAAUUUGAAACAGAUUUCUUGAAGGCUUAAUAUUGUUUGAUUGGCCAGAGACUUGGUCUUAGUGUAUUAGCUGACCUGAGUACAGUGUUUGCUGUUGUGAUCACUUACCAUCUGUAUGCCCUUUAAAUUAUUAAAAAAACAAUAUCUCCAUGAAAACUGUUUGAUGAAAGUUGUUUUAACUUGGCAGGAAUGUUAUUUCUUAUGUUUUUCAGGGUUCGCACAGGCCUUGAAAAGUCCUUGAAUUCGAUGGUAGUCCUUGAAAACUCCUUGAAAAUGACAAAACCCCUAAAAAACCUGGAAAAGUACUUGAAUUUUGAAAAGAACUCCUUGAAUUUGACCUUUCACUCCUUGAAAAUAUUCUUUCCGUAACUUUGCUUUGCAAAAAGAAUUUAAGGCUUAAAAUAAAUCGGAGAAAAUGAAAAUAAAUUCGUGAAACUGCAGGAUCGGGUCACUCGUAUGCUAUUAUAGUGGUCUACGGCCACACUUUAUCGAUAUUUACAGAGUGCUAUUUCUACUAUCACCGUUUGCAUGUUUCCGUUUCCGUUUAAAAAAGUACGGGGAAUAAUAACUCGCAAUUUUUAGCUAUUUGCGAGUGUUUCCAGUGAAUUAAAAUGAGUAAGAAAAAUAAACAUGUUUACUCAAGUAAGCGGGAGACAAAAGACGAAUAUAAACAGUGGCUGAAGCCCUAUAGAGCAGACAGAACGAAGUGUAUUUGUACGUCAUGUGACAAAAUUUUGAGGUAUCAUUAGUAGGAGUGUGCUAAAAAAUCACAAGAAUAGUGAUAAACCUCAGCAAAAUAGUGAAUUACAUCAAUCUAAUAAUCGAAUUACGUCAUUUUCAAAGGUGUGACAAGUGAUGGUUGUUUUAUUUUUGCAUUACAUAAUAAAAGUUUUUCAGAUUAGGUCGUGGUUUUGAAAAAAAAUAGUGCUUGAAAAAUUGUAAAAAGUCCUUGAAAAGUCCUUGAAAAGUACUUGAAUUUUGUCUCUGAUAUUCUGUAUGAACCAUGUUUUUUUUCCUGCUAUUUCCAGAAGUAAUGCAAGUCAUUCAAUAAUAAACUUAUUGUUAGUUUAUAAGCUUGCACCUGUUACUGAAGGCAAUUGUGAUCACAUUUUGUCUGUUUUCCAUUUGUUCAGAACAGUGUUGGGUAUUGCGUUAACUACAAGGAGUGAUUGUUUUGAUGCAAAAUGGAUUAAUAUGGAAAAUAUAAUGGUGUAAGAAUUUAAUCCAUAUUACACAUGCAAAGAUCUUGUGAGAAAUAUCCUCGAGUUUUUUUAAAUAGAUGUGAAAAUGUCUUUAAAAACCUGUUUUCAGCCUGGUACUUUGGUGUCAAUGCUAAAUUUACUGUUCACCAGUUGUUCAUUUUUGUUGUGUUUGUAGGAAGCAUGUUGAUUAAGAAAACAUCUACUAGUUUCAAGGUCAGCAAUUUCAGAAUUUAACUCAGCUGAUUUUACUUUGUUAAAAUUUUCUUUUUCUAGAUCUUCCACUUUCUGAUUUUUAUGCCCCCAAAGGGCGGCAUAUUAGUUUUCAACUGUCCGUUCGUUCCUUCGUUCGUUCAUCACAAUGUUAACUUUCUGCAUGAAGGCAGUUUACUCGCGAACCACUGCACCCAGGACCUUCAAACUUCACAUGCUGAUAGUACUUAUUGAGUACACGACCCCUACUGACUUUGGGGUCACCAGGUCAAAGGUCAAGGGGCUGCGGGGGCAUUUGUCACCAUUAGUGACAGCUCUUGUUUUUUCUUUCACUUUUUCUAAACAUAGAAAACCAUAAAUAUGGUCAGCUUGCAAAUAUUGCCUAUCCUCAGACUCCGUCUCUUUUUCUAAUAUCUCUUGCAUAUUACUGUUGUUUUUAAAUUGAUAUAAUUAAUUGACUGUUAGCAACCACUUAGCAACCAAUACCAUGUAGCAAACAAUAUCUCUUAACCAAUAUUAAGCAUAGAUUUUUAAGCAUGUUGUAAUUCUGCUAUAACUGCCCACAACCUGCAAUCAUAGUGUAAUUUUCAGCAGAUAUGUUAGUUUAUUCCAAGAUUAAGUCUCUAGGAUAUUAGGAGUGAGUGAAGAUUCACCCUACCUCUUAAUUCUAAAGCAACCAGCAACCAUAAAGCAACCAAGCAAUUCAACUAUAAAUGCAACCAAGUAACUUGUUUAUUGAUUCAGUAAUAAGAUUGCUAUAAUUUAGAGUUUGUAUGUAUAGAAAGUAACUAUGCUGGGAUAGAAGGAUUCCAUCGGAAUUAAAGUGUUCUUGCUUAGAUUCAUUAAUUUUGAAACAAAGUUGUCUUCCAUUUUGUGUGCCUCUGAUAAGUUGUAGCUCUGCCAAGAAAUCCAAAGGCGAUGCAACAAUUCCUAGCAUCGGCAUCUCUAGAAAUACGCAGAAGACAUUAUGAAGCAAAUUUGUUGCCCACAGCUGCCUUCUGCACAUGUCUGCUUUCAUAAGGGUACAUAUGUGUUUUAACAAAGCCUCCCAGUAGAGGUCUUACACCCUUGGGUUCAAUAUACUUGGAAUUACGGACAAAGCAAGGGGUGACCCCCACUACUUCCCUUGACACUCUCAUUUCUCAUCAUGGAUGUUGGCAUUAUACCUUCUCAUUCUCUCGAAACUCUUGCCACAUUUAUUUCAAAAGUGCUCUUAUUUAUUCAAUUGGUCUCUCUGUUUAGAAGCUUGAUAUUAUCUGAAAUAACCUCUCCCUAUGAUAGUCUUGGAAGGAUGUUACACCAUAUUACUUUUGACUUUUCAAAUAUUUGGCAUAUGUAUGUUUGAUCUUUAGUCAAUAAGUCAAAGAAGUCUUUUUGUUUUAUGUUUGCCAUGCUGUUGCCACCCAGAUGCACUUUUUUAUCAGAAUUUAUCUGGUAUUGAAUGGUUUGAGGAAUGUAGUGGUUUUAGCCAAGGUUGAGUUUGUUUUGUUUCACAGUACAAUAUCCUUUAUGGUAUUUUACAUAUUCACAUGUGACAACAUUAAAGUAUUUUACUUUGCUAUUAUCUGAAGAAUCUGCUACUUUUGUAUGGGUAUUUUUGUGCAUCUUCUGUCCUGUUUGACUUGCUUUGAGGUCCCCAAAAUCUGGGGGGAAAAUUACACUUUUGAAUACAUGUUCAUGGAACUUGGAAGUAUGAUGAGUAAUUAUUAAAAUUUAAUGAUAAAG